GAUGUCGUAAAAUAAGUCAACAGGAAGUGACGUCGGGUGCGCCGCGCAUGCGCCAACUCGACUAUGUUUCCGGUACGGACGAUGCGGUGACAAACAAAUGUAAAAAAAGAGUAUAAAAGACAUAUAUACGAUUAUCUACGCCUGCUAUACAUUUAUAAAACAAAGGCGUAGUAGAAGAGGAAGUAAACGGUGAACAAGAAGCAAAAGAAGAAAGUAUACACCGGAUCCCAGAUGGACGCGGAGUCUCAGCGAGUAGUGAAGUAUUUAUCAGAGGUGGAAGAGGCAGCUGAAGAUGUCCUUACAACUAAACAACAGAUGGUUGACCUGGACAUGAAGAGAAACAAGAACAGAGAAGCACUCAAUGCCUUGAAAGAUGAAACAUGUUCAGAAAAAGUGAAGGUUUGUUUUGGAAACAUGUUCAUCAAAUUCCCCAAGUCCAAAGCAAGAGAAGUCAUCCAGAAAGACCAGGAAGUGCUGGACAAGGAACUCAAUAAGCUUCACACCACACUAAAAGCUAAAGUCAACGAGCUCAAUGAGAUGCAAGGGAAACCUGAGCUGAGAGGCUACAAGCUUUCACCUCUGUCCACCGACGAAAUGAAAGCCAUUAAUAGUCUUUUAAAGAGUCUGGACGUCAUCUUGACCGCUGGGAUGUUUGGCCGAAUGGAUAACACAUCUGCCUUUCACCCAGACACAGCUGUCCUCCACUGUCUUGCAGGCAAUGUUUUGACUUCAAUCCUCUUCUGUCCUCUUCUGUCUCCUGUGUCACCCCCUGACAUGUCCACAUAUCGGUGGUUUGCGUCUGGGCUGUCAAAUCUUCUCCAUCCUGCGCUCUCCGGUCCUUCAGAGGUGUCUCGCUCACGUGUCAGCUGUUUCGUCUGGGAUGGACAGACCUCCAUGUUGGUUCCCCUCACGUGCCCUAAAGUACGAUAACACAUGGAAAUAUAUUUGUCAACAAAAUACAUGCGUGCAUAUGUGGUAAAUUCCUAUUUUUCAUAUGCCUUGAACCCUGCGGCUUAUAAAACGGCGCAGCUAAUUUAUGGAUUUUUCUGUGCUGAACGCCUCAAUGCAAAUAAUUUUCAUAAAACACAUGCAAUGACACUGAAAAUGUUUGUGCUAUGGCGCCAUCUUUUGGACGAGUUCGCUCACUGCAAGUGCUGCUGAGCGAAUGUCGACAGUGCUUCUUGCGGUUUAUUGCUUUGAACCAGAAGUACAAGUGCUGCUCUGUCUUCUAAUCGUUAAUAGCGUUUCUACUCGUGUGGAUUCUUCAUUUAUCACUCCAAGUAACAUUUGUAAGAUUUACAGUACAACUAAAACAAUUCAUACUUACAACAAUGUCUCAUGUGGAGUGUUUUUUGUGCAUUGUACGUGCUAUUGUAUUGUAAU